UAGAUUUCACUUGACUAAAUAGUUUUCAAUUUUAAUGAAGUCUGGAUUUAGAGCGGCAUUUUCGCUUCUUUGUUGUUUUGGAGAUUGAGAAGAGACGAGAAUGUUUAUUGAAAAAGAAAGUGGAACAAAAAGUACAAAAACAUAUAUUUUGUGUUUAAACAAACUGAAGACAAGCAGGCUGUAGAGAACAGUGGCCACGUUCUCGUUUUUCGAGUUCAAUUACAAUUGUACUAAAAGGCGAACAGUUGACAAACUUGAAGGUGAAGUGUGUCGAGGUAAACCUAUUGGUCUUCUUCCCUAUUCAAAACUUUUACCAAAAGUACUGCAGAGGUGGAACUAGCGCAACAAGAGCGCUGGUAAUUCGUAUCAUUCACCACACUUACAUCACAGCAAUCUUUCAGUCUGUAAAAUCAUCUACAUCAAGUUACUUUUGAAAGGAUUUUGAAGACCACUGCAACAUUAUUCGGAUUUAAUGGGAUUCUUCAUGAGUUUUGCGGCCAUCUUGUUCACUAAGAGAACGAAGGAGAUGUAGAAUACUACUAAUAAUUUUAUUUAAUUCCGUGUAUGGUUAUAUGUCAACAAAUCUAAUCCCAAGUAUAACAUACGUUAAUGAAGCAUGGAUCUGUUUGUACCGUGUACUAUUGAUCUUCACAAACACCAAUCGCCUGACAACAAACAUGGACUUGAACACAUUAAUAAGUUACUUGAAGAUGAGCUUACUCAACUACGGUCAUUAAAAAGCGAAAAACCUAAAGAAUUUGUCCUCCCCACAGUCAAAAAUAUGAACAAAAAGAACACUGUUGAAGGAUUCGAGGAUUAUCAGAGGAGGGCAGAACAAAUUCGAUCUAGAGACCCUAAGGCUGGCGAUGAAGAGCAUCCAUUAAGAAACAUGACUUCAACRAUAGUGCCAUUUUCGGAAAGGUUUAACGAUUUUUCCAAAGACACACGCGUUCUUGGAAAAGGUCAAAUGCCGUUUUUUCAACUCAGUUCUGACGGGCAUUCCCUUUCUUGUCGCUUUCCAAGACUCUUAGAAACAAGAACUGGAAAGACUAGCAACCAUUCCUUAAAAGAGCUGCUUGAUGAUGUAGUUAGUGAUGAUCAAAGAUUAAACAGUAAGAAGAGUGAGAGAUGUAAGCAGUUGUCAGGAAAACUCGUUCGAUCGAGUCUUAGAGUGAAACAGGAUUCACUUGGUGGUGAUAACAGUGAUCAUGGGGAACUUGUGAACAAUCUUCGGAUUCAAAACUGUAGUAUGACAGUAAGGAGGGAUUCUUAUAGCCAAGAGGUGAGGGAAAAAACAAAAAAUCCUCUACCACGCAGCCACCGUUGUAACAAGAAAACAUUUCAUUUGGCUUGCACACGAGAUCCUAAAAAAUGUAAGACAAGUGAUAAAGAUGAAGGGGAUUGCACUUUCUGUGCUGGUCCAGUCUUUCUGCAUUCACGCGCUACUCAAAAUGGCGAUGGGAAAAGCCAGCGCAGGCGUGAGCGAAAGGCACAAGGUGGGGAGAAAACGUCUUUACCUCUYUUGGUGAAAUCAAGUACGGAAACGACUAAAAUAGUUAGAGACUCCUGCGAAAAGUGUAAAAAGAGGUUAGAACAAGCUGAAGUGAAUAGAAUUGCUUUAACAAUGGCUGGAAGCUCACGUAAAAAUACUGAAGUCAAAAAUACUGAUGUAGAAAGGAAGACGAAGAGUAGACCGGUAACCAAGGAGAAGGUACCUGAGAUACCGCUGGCUUCAGAAAAGAAAGAGACUGUUUUACCUUUGUUAGAGUGCACGGCCUACAUGGAUCAGGAUGGAUCUCUGUUCUUGCUACCUGGUGCAUUUACUUUGAGGAAGAAAGACUACAACAUUUGGUCUAGGUACAGGAAAUCAUCUGGAGAAAAUACCUUCAGAUCCCAGGCUAUAAUGACUGGUACAACAUUACCAUACCUAGCUGAAUGACUGGUACAACAUUACCAUACCUAGCUGAAUGACUGGUACAGCUUUACCAUAUCUAAGACCCAGCCAAGCGAAAUCAAGUCCAUUCCAUCUACGUGCGGUUCCGAAUUUUCCAAUAUUAAAAAACACUCUAAAUUCGGGCUUUAAGAAUAGAUAAACAAGUUUUUGAAGUUGAGCAUGUUUUUGCUAUACAUAACGAUUAUCCACGGCCUUUCAAAAGGUGAAAAUUCAAAAACUAAUUUUUUUGUGAUUGAAGAUCCAGUCACUGACUGAGGCCCAGUCACUUGUAAUCCAUCAGUCACUAACAAUCCAUUCCAGUCACAUCCAAGUAAUAUCAAAUUUAUCUCAAUAGCAUCUUGAUUGAGGAAAAUUAGUCGUAAGAAUCUAAAGAUCCACAUAGUCACCUAUAGACACAUGGUAUAUACAGUCCUUUGAAAAACCUUUGCCGUAGACCGGCUUUACAUGCAGGACUUAGACCACUGCCGCGAUCAAAAAAAAAAUUUUUUUUKGGAUUUUUUGUGCAAAAUUUCGUAAGGAAUCACUAGUUAUAAAUAAUGAAAUAAAAUUCAUAGGCUAAAGGCUGCAAAUUCGGAGUGAAAAAGCAUAUACGAUCCGUAAAAUCCAGCCAACCGACGUCCAAUCCAUUCCACGACGUGCGGUUCCAAAUUUUCCAAAAUAAAAAAACACUCAAAAUUCGGACCUUCAGAAGAGAAAAGCAAGUUUUAGAAGUUGGGCAUGUUUUUGCUAUGCAUUACGAUUAUYCAUGGCCUUUCAAAAGGUGAAAAUUCAAAAACUAAUUUUUUUGUGAUUGAAGAUCCCGUCACUGACUGAGGCCCAGUCACUUGUAAUCCAUCUCAGUCACUAACAAUCCAUUCCAGUCACAUCCAAGUAAUAUCAAAUUUAUCUCAAUAGCAUCAGGAUAGCUAUCAUUCGCUGUCCCAAACUUCAUUAAAGAUCUUUACUAAUUUUGUCUGUAGAAUGGAAAAUAUUAUUCAUCGUGGAUAUAUUAAUAAAUGAUAAUUAUUUAUUUUUCUCACGAUUCUGGAUCAUUAAUAGAACACCUACCGGUCCUUCUACGAUUGACCCAUAUUCGUGACACAAAUGAAUAGGUAUUAUUUAUUUUAGUUUUUUUUUCUGUUUUUUAAAUUAGAUUUAAAUCAAGUGAAAAUCUCUAGUAAAUUCUUAAGACACCGUGAAUGAUUUGAACCUCAUUGAUGGCAAUUGCUGUAGAGGUGACAGAACUAAGAAAACCAAUCUUUCGGGUAGUAUAUUUUACAAAAAAAUUAUCAUUUUGACAGUUCAGUUACAGUUUUGUCAGUAACCUCUCAAUAGCCAGACAAAAUGCUUCCUUUUUUUCAGAUAGUAUGAUGGUUAAUUAGUGAGAGUUUUUUCUCAAGUGUAGUAAAUUCAUUAAGCAUAACAUUUGGACAGCAUUUAAGUUUUUUUUGUCAUUUGUU